AUGUCUCAUAUAAAUUAUAAUGUCGAAAAAAGAAAAUCAUUAAAAAAACAUAAUAAUAAUAAUAAUAAUAAUAAUAAUAUUUACAACAAUAAAAUAGACACUCCUAAUAUUAAGAAUUAUGAUGAUAGUAGUAAACAUAUAAAUACCAACCCACAAGUUCUAGAUUCGAUUUUAUUAAGCAAUAUGGAAAAAGAUAAAAAGUUAAAAUUAUUAAAUAAUUAUAUUAAUAUGUUUGAUAAAAAUAAAAACGACAAAGUCACAACAAACCACCCGAGUCAUAAUAUUUAUAAUAGGAAAAAUAAUGAUACAUAUGAUGAUCAGGAUAAAGACGAACAAUAUGUAGAUACAGACGACUCGUUCAGCUUAUCUAAUACGAAGAAAAAAAUAAAUAAAAGAGAUAUUAUCUCAUAUGAUAAUUACAUUUUUGAAGACGAAGAUAAAGUGUCUUCCAAAUAUUUGGAAUAUAAAAACGACAGUACAUCUCAUAUGAAAAAGAAGAAAGACGAAGGUAGCAACAGAAAAGGUAACAUAAACAUGGACAGUAAUAAUAAUGAUGAUAAUAAUAACAAUAUAAACAUGAAGAGUAACACAAACAAUAAUAAUAAUAAUAAUAAUAAUAAUAAUAAGGAUGAUGAUUAUUAUGAUGAUAAUAAUUAUUAUCAUAAAAACCAUAGCGAUAGUAUUAAUAAUAGUAUUAAUUAUAAUGAUAUUCAUAGAAAAGAAAAAAAAAAUAAAAAGAAUACGCACAACGAAAAAAAAUAUAUAAGUAAUAUGUAUAAUUUUCAAUAUGAUGAUUAUGACAAAAAAAAAAAAAAAAAAAAUACAUUAGAAACAUACGACUCCGAUACGAAGAAUAGUGAUAUUUUUAUUAAUACUGGCUUUCUUCCCUAUUCUUUGAAUAAAAAAAAAAAUAAUAAGAAAAGGAAAGGGAAAAAAAAAAAUGAACAAGAAGAAAAUAGGCACAACGUUAAUUAUGAUGAUAAUAUGGAUGACGAUGAUGAUGAUAAUAAUGACAAUAAUAAUGAUGAUGAUAGUAAUAAUAACAAUAAUGAUGAUGAUAGUAAUAAUAACAAUAAUGAUGAUGAUAGUAAUAAUAACAAUAAUGAUGAUGAUAGUAAUAAUAACAAUAAUGAUGAUGAUAGUAAUAAUAACAAUAAUGAUGAUAGUAAUAAUAACAAUAAUGAUGAUAGUAAUAAUAACAAUAAUGAUGAUAGUAAUAAUACUGGGUCUUUUUUUAAAAAUAAAAUGAUCCAAUCUCAUGUUAUAAACAAUAAAUAUGAUAACACAAAUGAUUAUUUAGAUGAUCUUGAAUCAUUUGAAUACAAUAAAACAAAAAAGAAAAAAAAAAAAAAAAAUGAUACCAUAGAUGAUGUUUUUAAAAAUAAAAGAAACGAUAAUACAAAAAUAAAAUAUAAUUAUAAUAAUAAUAAUAAUAAUAAUAAUAAUGUAUUAGAAUACGAAUUAAAUUAUGUACAUAAUUCUUUCGAUACUCAUCCCAAAAAAUGGAGUCACCAUUCUCUUCCAGAUAAUUAUGAAGGAGAAAAAAAGAAAAAAAAAAAUAAAACAAAAAAAAAAAGACAUGACAUGAACUUUUAUAGUAUAGAUAAAAAUAAUUUAGAUGAACAGGAUCUGUUUAGUAAUCAAGAAGCAUUAACCAUUUUAAAAAAUUUUGCUAAGGAAAAUAAUGUAUCUCAUCCGUAUAAAGAAAAAAAAAUAAACAAAAAUAAAAAAACAUCAUCAAAUAGUAUGUAUAAAGAUUAUUCGAAUAAUAUCAAUAAUUAUAAUAAUAAUAAUGAUGAAAAUAAUAAUUAUAAAGAUAUUGUUUCGAAUUAUGAUAAUAACUAUGAAUACGAUAAAAAAAAUAAAAAUAAAAUCGACGUUGAACAAAAUGUACACAUGAUUAAUUACAUUAAUGUAAAUAAUAAACAAACAAAUAUUAAUAAUCAUAAUGAUAAUAAUUUUAAUGUAAAUAAAGAAUUAUCCAUUAACGAUAAUGUAUAUGAAAAUUUUAUAAGGGAAUAUAAAAAUCUACAAUCCUUAUUUUCAUAUAAUAAAAAUAAAAUCGAAGAUCAUUUUAAUCCCCUCACUCGUAUUAUUGAAAAGAAUAAAGAGGACAACAUAGUUUUAGAAAAUAAUAUUAACAAGUUUAUUUUAAAUGCACAUGAGGGGUUGUCAAAAAAAAUGUUGAGCUAUCAUAUGGAUGAACAGGAGGACGUGCAAGGAAUGAAAUCUAUUGAAGAUGAUAAUAAAGGUGGUGAUAAUAAAGGUGGUGAUAAUAAAGGUGGUGAUAAAAAGGGUGGUGAUAAUAAAGGUGGUGAUAAAAAGGGUGAUGAUAAAAAGGGUGAUGAUAAUAAAGAUGACGAUAACGAUGACGAUGAUGAUGACGAUGACAAUGAUGAUGAUGAUGAUGACGAAAGCACCAUUAGCUAUUCCAAAAGUGAUUUAUCAAAAAUUGUAGAAUAUAUAAAUAAUGAUGAUAUGGAAGAAAUGACAAGAUUUAGUAAUAAUAAUUCUGUAUUACAAAAAAAAAAACAAAAUAAAAAAAAGAAAAAUGAACAGAAUAAAGAUAAUAUAUUAACAAAAAAUAGUAAACAUAAUAGUACACAUACAAUUAAUUGUAAAAAUAAAAAGGAUCUUAAGAAUUUAUCCACAAGUACAAAUAUAAUGGAUGAAUCUAUUCAUAAAAACAACAAUGAUAAUAAUAUGAACAGCAAUAAAAACAACAAUGAUAAUAAUAUGAACAGUAAUAAUAACAACAAUGAUAAUAAUAUGAACAGUAAUAAUAACAACAAUGAUAAUAAUAUGAACAGUAAUAAUAACAACAAUAAUAAUUAUAAUAGUAGUAGUGAUAUGAAAAUUAUAGAAAGUAAUAAUAUACCUUAUUCACCAAAUAAUAAUAUGAAAAAAAAAAAAAAAAAAAAAAAAAAAAACUUAAAAGAAAAAUUAAAUAAUAACAUUAAAUAUAAUGAAAUAAUUACAAAGACACAUAUAUUUCCAACAAACAAAAUAAUACAACAUGAUAAAGGUGUAGAAUACGAAACAACAAAUUCAAAACAUCUCUUACAUAAAAAUAUUAAUAAUAUAUAUAACCAAAGUGAACAGAAUUGGUCUCUUCAUGAAGAUCUUUUAAAAGAAGUUUUAACAAAAGAAGAAUAUAAUGAAAAAUUGAUCAAAAAAAAUAAAAAUAAAAAUAGUAAAAUAAAUAAAAAGACAGUAGAUAAUAAAGAAACACAUCUACAUAAACAAAUCGCAGAAAAAUAUGAUAACAUACAUACUUAUAUAGUUGAAACCAGAAAAGAUAAAUAUUCACCUAGUGACCAUGAAAAACAAAACAGUUUUAUAAAAGAGCGCGUUCUUCAUUCCAAAAAAAAAAUCAAAGGAAAAAAAAAUAGUAAGAGGAACAUAAAAAUGGUAUCUCGAAAUAAGGAAAACAAAAAGGAAAGAACAAUGAAAAGUCAAAAUGACAAUCAUCUUAAUAAUCAUGAGAGUGAUGACAAUAAUAGUAUUGAAAACAGUUAUGAGGAAAGUGCUAUGUAUGAUGAAAACAAUAGCAGUAUUCAUGAUGAUAAUUCAAAAAAAGAAAAAUUCAGUGAUAAUGAAAAAUAUCAUGAACGUGCUGAAGAAGAAAUUGUAAGUGAUGAUCUUUACCAAGAAGAUGAUAAUAGUGAUCAUUCAAAUAAAAAAAUUAAAAUGAAUAUGAAAUCAAUGACCAGCUUCGAUAAAGAUAAAAGGAGAUAUACAAUACAAAAUCUUGAAGAAAUAAAGAAAAAAUCCAAAAAAAGUAUUAACAAAAAUGAAAACGACAAAUAUGGAUAUAAUAGUGAUUAUAUGAACGAUUCAGGUGAUUUUGCGGUGGAAAAAAAAGAUAAAAAAAAAAAAACACAACAAGAAAAUUGUGAUAAUAAAUAUGGUAAUAAAUAUAACAAAUGUGAUAAAGAUAAAGAUAAAGAUAAUUAUAAUAAUAAGGACAAAUUUCUUCCCAGUGAUCAAGCUUUUCAUUAUGAUAAUCGUAAAGCAAAAAAAAAAAAUAAAGAAGAUAUAUUAAAAGAUCAAUAUAAUGAUGAACAUAUAAAAGAAUAUUUUUAUUCCUUAAUAGAAGGACAAGUCUCUAAAAACAAUAAAAACAAAAAAAAAAAAAAUUCCCAAAGAGAUUAUAGUUUGAAUAAAUCUACUAAAGAAAAAGGAGUAAAAAAAGAACGCCUUUUACACAAUAAACAUUUUAAAGAAACUGAUUCGGAAGAAGAUCAAAACAACAAAAAAAAUAAAAAUAAUAUUUAUUUAAAAAAAAAUUAUGAUCAAGAAAAUGAAAAAGAUAAUGAAUAUGAAAAUGAAAAAAGUUAUAAAAAAAGUACACGCCCGUACUAUGAAGAAGAUCAUACACCUUAUCGUAAACAGAAUAUUCAGGAUUGGUCUUCCUACACAAAAGAUAAAGAAAAUAAAUUAAAUAUGGAUGAUGAUAUAAAUAUGAAUAAAGGAAAUGACCAAGACGUGAACCGUACCUAUAAAAAUGAAAAAAAUAAAGAAGAAGAUAAAUAUGGAAAAAAUGAAAAAAACGAAAAAUAUGACAAAUAUGACAAAUAUGAAAAAUAUGAAAAAUAUGAUAAAUACAAAAAAGAUAAUAAAAAUCAACAUGAUGAUCCACUUUAUGAUAAUAUUAAUAAAAAUUACGAUAAUGAUAAUAAAGGGCUAGAGUUCUUUUCAAACAAUUUCUUUCAUAUUAAAAAAUUUAUAGAAAAAAAAGAAAAUGAAAAUGUUCACAUGUCAAAAAUUGAAAAUUCACAAAAAGAAGAAGAAUUAAAUCAUAAAAGAAAUAACCUGAACAGUUCAGGUAAAACGGAAAAGCUUGAAAAAUUUUUAGGAUUAUAUAAAGAAAAUAAUGAAGCUAUGGAUUUUUAUAAGAGUGUUUUGAUAGAAGAAAAUAAUAGUAUGAAUAUAUCAAAAAAUAAGAUAAAUAAGAAUAAUAUAAUUGAUGAUCGUAUGAAGGAUAAUAUAUCUAAAAUAAAUCGUUAUAAUAGUGAUGACACAUAUAUAAAAGUUGAAAAUAAUUAUGAUAAUAAAAAAGAAAUGAACAAUUCUGAUGAAUUAAAUGGUAACAACAAUAAUAAUAAUAAUAAAAACAACAACAACAACAACAACAACAAUAAUAAUAAUAACAAUAAUAAUAACAACAAUAAUAAUAUUAAUAAUGGUGGUGAUAAGAAUCGUCGUAAUAAUUUUAAUAAUAAUAAUAUUUAUAUGUGUAAAAAUGUAAAGAAUAUAAUUUUAUCCUUAGAAUUAAGUAAUGAAGAAAAAAUUAAUGAAGUGAGGAAAAUUUUAUUUUAUUCAUCUAGCGAUGAAAAGAAAUAUAUUAUGAAUGAAAUAUUAAAUAUAUUAUAUAUUUAUCCACAAUUAUAUGUUUCUUGUAUUAUUAGUUUGUUUUAUUUAUUUAUAUUAGAUAAUGAAAUCUUUGAAAAAUAUUUUAAUGCUGAUGAUUUAGUAUACUUGUUUAAUGAAAAAAUAGAUUUUAGAUAUGCUGAAUGGUUCUUAAAAACGUACCUAUUUUAUAAAUAUAAAUAUUCUGAUAAUACACAUACCAAGGGAUCUAUAUAUUAUAUAAAGAAGGGUUCACCAAGAAAUAGUAUAAAAAGGGAGGACAGCAAUAUGUAUGCUGAUCAAAGUGUCAUGGCAGAAAAUAUAAAAAAAAAUUAUUUAAAUGAAGGAAACCAAAAAGAUGAUGAUAACAAAAACAAUUAUGAUGAUAAAGAAAACAAUUAUGAUGAUAAAGAAAACAAUUAUGAUGAUAAAGAAAACAAUUAUGAUGAUAACAAAAACAAUUAUGAUGAUAACAAAAACAAUUAUGAUGAUAAAAAAAACAAUUAUGACGAUAAAAAAAACAAUUAUGAUGAUAACAAAAACAAUUAUGACUAUAAUAACAACAAAAAUGACGAUGAUGAUAGUAUCAACGUCUCAUCAAGUUUAAAAGGAAUCCAUAAAAACACGUUUGAUCCUUUUUUUGAGAAACACAGUAACAACUCACUUAUGGAUUCAGGUGAUGACUACUUAUGUGAUAUGAAUAAUUUAUCCAAUAAUAAAAAAGAUAUAUAUAUCUUAUGGACAUAUUUUGAGAGUUCGAAAUGUGUAGGAUAUAAUGAAUGUAAAACAUUAUUAAGUUUAUGUUUAAAAAACGAAAAUGAAACAUGUAUUAAUAAUAUUAGUGCUUCUAAACUUAGAAGUUUAGUUAUUUCCAUAUGGUCGAAUAUACCUUCAUCGAAACCUAAACGUUCAUUUAUAAAAUUAAUAUUUAAUUGGAUAAAUAAUAAAAAAGAUGAUUUACAUAAAAAAAAGAAUUUAUUUUAUUUAUUAAAAUCUGAAAAGAAAAAUAAUAAGAAUUUAUCAAAAAUAUGUUUUAAUUAUUUCUUAAAUUAUUUAAUUAAAUAUAAAGAUAAUUGUUCAAAUGAUAUUAUAUAUAUAUUAUAUUUGAUAGAUGAAAAUGAAUUAAAAAUAUAUUCGAAAAAUUUUAUACAAAAUCAUAAAAUAAAUUUUAAUCAAUUUAUAUCUAUAUGGAAUAUUAUGUGUAUAUUAUUUUGGGAUACUGAUGAAAUUAAUAAUUUUACAUUUUUACAAAAAAAUAAAUAUUAUUAUUAUGAUUUUAUGUUAAUAUUUCUAAAAACAUUUUAUGAUUAUAUAAAUGUAAAUAGAGACAUGAGAGAAAUCAUGAAAAUGAAAUUGAAGAGAACUUUUCUAACAGGAUAUCACCAUGAUGUUGAGGAGCCAUCUCAAGAACAUAUGUCCCUUUACCAAGAAAAAAAUAAUAUUCAUAAUCAAGACAAUCGUUUAAGUUUUACUUAUAUGAAAAAAAUGUCGCUCUCGAAUUCAUCCAUAAAUAAUAAACAAGACAAACAUGAAGAUCAAAAUGAAUAUCUUAAUCUUUUUGAUAUUGAAAAUAUAAUUAAUAAUUUUAAUUUUACCGAUUUUGUAAAUAAUGAAAUUAGUAGAGACAAUUAUUUCGAUUCUUUCUUUGGAGCGACCAAUAUGCCUAUCCCCAGCAUGUCGAAUAUAUCUUUGGCUGGAAAUCAUACAACUCAAUAUGAAAAAAACACACGUCAUAAUUACAACUCUCCCUUGACGCACCCCUUAUGGAGAAAUCGUCAAGAAAAAGAACGAGAUUUACAAAGAAUAAAAGACGAAGAAGAAAGAUUAAAAAGGAGAGGAGGUGUACCUUUAACAGAAGCUUAUGAUAUAGAAAAUUUAAUCUUUUUAGGAAUAUGUAUAAAAAUAGUUAUAUGUAGAAUUUCUAAUUUAUUGAAUGCUAAAUCAUGUUUACAACAAUUUCAUUAUUUUCUAAAUCACAAAAGGCUAGGUUUAAAAAUAUUUAAAUACUCACAUAUUAUAUUAGUAUAUUUUAUACCAUUUUUUAAAAAAUAUUAUUUUUUAUGGAAAUUUAUUGAGCAUGAAAUAGAUAAAGAUAUUAUGAAUCUUAUAAAAUAUAUUAUGGAUCAUUUAGAAAAUAUGCAAGUAGAAAAUAUACCCUUAAGUUUAUGUAAUAUUAAUAAUACCUCUAAUCAAAUGCUUCCGGGUGUAUCAAAUCAAAAUAUGAAUGAACGUACAUAUGCUGAAAAUUUACAUAAUAUGAAUAAUAUACAUAAUAAUAAAUUUUGUCCCUCUUCCUAUCGUCAUACACAAAAUAUUCUUAAUAUGAAUAGUACACAUAAUAAUAGCAGUGUCAAUAAUAAUUUUAAUAAAAUGAAUCAUUCUAUUUCGGAAAAGAUGGGGAAAAAUAAAAAUGAUAAUAUCUUUUCCUUUUUAAAAUCAACAAAAAAUAAUAUGUCUUUUGAUCAAAAUGGACGUCUUGUUAAUAGUAACAUUAAUUAUAUGAAAAAUAAAAAUUUACUUUUAUGUAAAGAGGAACAAGAAAAACAUACAAGUUUUCAAAGUUUGAAUUGUAAUAGAACGAAAAAUAAUAGUAUACAAGAACGUGUUGUCUAUGGAAAAGAAAUAAAUAAUAAUCAUAAUUUAAAAGAUAUAAACGUAUUCAAAUAUAAAAAACAUGAACACAAACAUGGAGAAUUCUUUAAUUUAAAUAAUAUGAAAUAUCCAUUAUAUGGAAAAAAUAAAAAUAUUAUGGAUGAUGAUAAUUUAGGAAAUAAUAUAUUCCAUCCAAAAAAAAAAAAUAAAGAUGAAUUUAUUGGAUCUUUUAAAAAUAAUUCAUCAUAUGUUAUAAACGAUGAAGAUGAUGAACAUUAUAUUUCAUAUGAUGAUAUGUUUAGAAAUUAUGAUAGUGACGAUGAUAGUAAUAUAUCCAAUAGUAAAAAUACAUCAGAAAAUUUUAAUGUAAAAGAUUUUAUAACAAAUUUACAUUUUGCUAACCUAGAUGAUGAUAAUAAUAUUAUAUCUAAAAAUUUCUUUUCUACAUCCAAAAAAUUAAAUGAUCAAAAAGGUGAACAAAAAGGUGAACAAAAUGGUGAACAAAAAUGUGAACAAAAAUAUGAACAAAAAUACGAACAUCAAGGUUCUUCUGUCAAAAUCCAAAAUAACAAAAUAAUAAACAAAAUGAAAUAUGAUCCUUUCUUAUCAUCUUCCGAAUCUUCUAACUACAAUGAAGACAAAAAUAUUAUGUAUAUGUACCCAAAUGAACCAAAUUAUAAGGAUUCCAAAAAAGUAUUAUCUCAAAAAAAAAAAAAAAAAAAGUCGACCAUAAAUAAUUUUCAUCGUAUUAAUUCCAAUGGACCACAUACAAAUGAGGAAUUUAUAGAAAAGGAUCAAUCCACAAGUAUAAUCGGAAGCUUAGGACAAGAUGAUUCUUUUGAUAAAAUCUCACAUAAAAAUACUCAUUUUGAUCAUCAUAAAAACAAUCCUUCCGAUUUAACAAAUAAUCAUAUGAUGAAAAAUGUAAAACACAUGAAAAAUAUAAAACAACAUUGUAGUAAUGAUGAUUAUAGUACCUCCAAGUAUGAAGAACUUGUUAACGAACAUACGAUACGAAAAAAUACAAACAGAAGAAAUUCCUUGUAUGCAUAUCCUACGCAAAAUAGAAUAUCCGAUCAAAUGGAAAAUCAAAAAAUCAGAAAAAAUACAAGUUUAGAAAAAAAUGUUCAUCAUAUGAAUGAUAAUUAUGACGAAAUAAAUUUUACGGAAAAGUAUUUUGAGCAAGAAUACGGCUCAGACCAACAUGAUCAACGUAAUAAUAGUAUGGAUGCUGUGAAUAGUGUAAAUCAUGUGAAUCGUAUGGAUGGCGUAAAUCAUGUGAAUCGUAUGGAUGGCGUAAAUCAUGUGAAUCGUAUGGAUGGUGUAAAUCGUGUGAAUCGUAUGAAUCAUGCAAACCGUGUGAGUCGUAUGAAUCAUGCAAACCGUGUGAGUCGUAUGAAUCAUGCAAACCGUGUGAGUCGUAUGAAUCAUGCAAACCGUGUGAGUCCCAAUAAUAUUGAGGAUAUACGUAUGGGAGGAGUUAAAAUAAAAAAAUAUUUAAUGCUACCUAUAAAUAAAUUUACCUUUGAAAAUAUGAGUAAAAGAAAUUAUCCACAUCCACCUGUAGGAUUAAUGAAUUUAGGAAAUACAUGUUAUUUAAAUAGUUUAUUACAGGCUUUAUAUAGUACAGUGUCUUUUAUAGUAAAUUUGUUUUUGUUUAAAAUAAAUGAAACGAAUAAUAAGGUUAGGACGGUUCCUAAUUAUGAGAUAUAUAAAAGUCAAAUGCAUCAAGAGAAUACGAAUAGUGAAUUAGAUUAUUUCUUAGAAGAAAUCAAAUCCUUUUUUAAAAAUAUGUUAACUACAGAUAAGUCAUAUAUAUCUGCAGAUAGAGUUUUAAAUAUGUUACCUGUGGAAUUAAAUAAUAGAAAUCAACAAGAUGUGACAGAAGUUUUUAGAUAUAUAUUCGAUAAAUUAGGUGGUUCAGAAAAAGAAUUUCUAAGAUUAAUUUUCUCAGGAGUUGUGAUACAAAAAGUACAAUGUCAAAAAUGUCUUUUCAUUUCAAAAAAAAAAGAAAUUAUACAUGAUCUAUCAUUUCCUGUGCCUAUAAGUACGAACGAAAAAUUAUCGAUUCAAAGAUUUUUUGAUACAUUUAUACAAAAAGAAAAAAUUUACGGAAAUAAUAAAUACAAAUGUUCAAGAUGUAAUAAAAAAAGAAAUGCCUUAAAGUGGAAUGAAAUUAUAUCCCCUCCUUGUCACUUGAUAUUAAUUCUUAACCGUUAUAAUUGGUCCUUUAGCUCAAACGAAAAAAAGAAAAUCAAGACGCACGUUAAAAUUAACUCAAAAAUUGUAGUAAAUAAUUUUGAUUACAAAUUAUAUGGAGCAAUAAUACAUGGUGGGAUAUCAGCAUCAUCAGGACAUUAUUAUUUUAUAGGAAAAAAAUCUGAAAGACAAAAUAAAAAAAAAAGCUCUUGGUAUCAAAUGAAUGAUUCGGUAGUAACAAAAGCAAAUUCAAAAAUGAUUAAUAAAAUUUCUAAAGAUUUAUCAAAUGACCACACGCCUUAUGUUCUGUUUUAUCGUUGUAAACAAGCACCCAUAUCUCCAGAUUUGUACUUUUAA